AGGUCAGAUAAAUUCAAUUACGAAAUUAAAAAUCUUUAAUAGUACUAUAGUUGGCAGAAUGUUUGCGUGACUAAUAAUAUGAUAAAACAAUACGGAUGAACUCAAAUCAACGAUGGAUAAAUAUUAUAUUAAAUAAUAAAAAAAGUUAUCAUUAUUAAAACUGUUCAAAUAUGUUUUUUAGACAAUUUGAAAAAAAAAUCGGAGUAUAUGAUAUAAUGUAAAUAGUGGCAUAGUAUAUUGUAGACUGUAUAGUAAUAUUUUAUAAUACCAAUCUAAAUCUAAGAUUAUAGUCCCAUAAUAAGGCUUUGAUGGAAAUUCAACAUUAGCUUUCACACUAUUAAUUUUUUUAAUUAGGAUUUUUAGUUAAAAUGUGUACUUACCAAUAGGUACUCAAUAUAUAAGUAUCUAUAAUAAAAUUGAUAAAUAACUUAUUUUUUAUUUCUCAUUUAUAAUUUGUCAAGAUGUUUUUCGACAUUUAUUUUAUAGCUAAAUAAUGACGUUUUUAAUCAUAUAAAAUUAAAUACUAAUUAAGAUUAUUCAGGAUGCUUGAUAAUUUACACGCCGUCCAAUCGUAGCUUAAUAUAGCUUUAAUGUAUAUAGAGACUUGUCAGUUGUCACUAAUUGGAAGAUAUCUAAAAUUGUUGUACCUACACAUAUUAUAGCUAUAGCAAGCAAGCUACUAUUUUAUACGAGUAAUAAGUAUUCGUUCCAUACGAUUUAUGGUCCUUUCCAAAAUCAAAAAGUGUGUUAAAAGAGACGCAUUUUAAAUCAGUUGAAGCCGAAUCAAACGAAAUUGAAUGAGGUAGGUAUUAAGGCACUAUAGGUACAAGAAAAAGAUUUCCAACACUUUUUAAAUUAAUGGAAAAUACCCACAAAUGGAGCGAUGCGUUAAACUCGGAAGACAAUAGGAAAAAAUGUUAAAUUAUUAAAAAUUGUAAAUAAACAUUUUUAGAGUGAGUUUCGUUAAUUAAUAGCCACGCCUCGUAGGUAUAUUACUUAUAACUAACACCACUUCCAAUCCAAAUUUGGACUACUGCUGUAAUUUUUGGUUUGUGUUUUCGAAAUUAGAUCUCAUCAGAAGUACUUACUGCAGGUGAUUGAAGAAUGUACAAGUUCGGGGUUAUAUAUAAUAUAUUAUUAUGCCUACAGUGUUUUCCGUCGAAUUCAAAAUUCAUUAUUUUAUCACAGGUACUGGAAUAGCGUUAUUACAAAUAGACGACGGAUAUGACACGUAUAUCGUUUUAGAAGACGAAAAAAAAAGCAAACUCUACAAUUUUACAUAGUUUUAAAUCAGACGGAGCUAAAUUCGUAAUAUUGUUGAUGGCAAACGUCGCGGAAAACGCUGUGCGUAUAACCCCAGAAUAAGUAUAGCGAGCGAGUAAAAGCGUGAUCACUUUAAUGGAUUCAUGAGUCCGCGUUUCACUCUGUGCAGGGGUUAAUGCGCGCCACCGAUAAACAGAACGGAAAGACGGGGUUAAUAAGGACCUAGGAUCGUAACUCGCAAGGGAGAAAAUAAUAUUAAUAAAUAACCUAACGCUUUGGUAAACACAAAUAGUAUGAGCACUAUAGUGCGUAACUCUACAGCUACACAGCAGCGGGACAAUAGAGCGGUGGGUUACGACUCGACUCCCCUCACGCGAUCAAUACUCCGGCAAUCGACCAACAAGCAAACAGCAACAGAGAAAUCUGCAACAGCGCGGCGCUGCGUUCAGCAGUAUCCACGAACUAAAAUAAUAUUAUAUCUGCCUAUAUAUAACGUUUACUAUUAACUCGCGACAGCGUCCCAUCGAUUUUAUCAACGACUCCUUCGCGCCAGCGCGCUGACGUCGUUCGUCAUUAUCGCCUCCCCCCUCCCAACCCCGCCGAACUAAUACGAAGACCGCGAGCGUUGAUACUGCACGCGUUCUGUCCACAUUACCGUCACACGAGACUGAAGGCCGAAGCUAUUUCAUACAAAAAUAUUAAAAUACAAUAUUAGGUACACAGCACAAAUUUUCGUGCACGUCCCGUCGCACCGGGUCUGUCCAGUCUUUCUGCCGAAAAAAAAUCAACGCGAUAUUCGAUGGACGGAGCGCACGGAUCCUCGGGAGAAUAUUUACCAGCUCUGGACGGACCAAACUCGGCGUUCAUUAGGUUGGUGUCGAGCGACGAUCGAGAGUUCAUCGUGAAAAGAGAGCAUGCCCUCAUGUCCAAUACAAUCAAAACCAUGAUGCAAGAAUGCAAUGGUUUCCUCGAAAACCAGACAAAUCGAAUACAUUUUGCACUUAUACCUGGAAAUAUAUUGGAAAUAAUAUGCAAGUAUUUCAUGUAUAAAGCUCAUUAUCAAAAAUCUCUUGAACUUGUGCCAGAGUUUCCUAUAAAUCCGGAUGAUGCUCUACAACUUAUGAAGGCCUCCACAUUUUUAGACUGUUGAUUUACGCGGUAUAAAAAAAUUGAUUAUUGUAAUUUUUAUAAGAUUUUAAAAACAAAAAAUAAUCUUUUAAACAAAAUCUCUUUUAUAUUCCUUCUUUUUAUUUUUUCCUUUCAGUUGAUCUUAUUGUUGUAAUAAAACAACUAUAACUUUUAUUCAAACUUUCUUUUUUGAAAAAAAAAUAAGUCUAAUUUAAUGUACAAAAAAAAAUUAAUGAAAAUAUAUACGCUUUUAAUAAUUUAAA